AUGUCCUGCUUUGUCCUCGUCCCUGAGAGCGCCUGCCUUCCCCUCACCUGUGGAGGGCUGUGUGGCCUCCUGAAUUCUGAGAACUCCCAGCCAAAGAGCCCUGUUCUCGGGAGUCUUGUGGCCGCCAGGGAUCCAGGCACAGGACUGCCCACCAGCACCAGAGCCCCGUGGGCGGCCCUGCUGGUCACGUCGCUCCUGUGCACGAGGUCUGCAGAGCUCAUUGGGACGUUUGUCAACCCCGAGGUGUUUCUGAAGCUGAUCUUACCAAUGCUUAGGAAGGCGCCCUCCCCCUCUGGCCUCCUGGUGCUUGCAUCUGCCAUUCGAGGCUGCCCCCGAGAAGCCCUGCAGCCUCACCUGAAGGUCAUCGCCACAGAACUAGCACAAGCCCACAUCUGCCAGGCAUCUGAACAUGACCUCUACCUGGAGCGCCUGCUGCUGUGUGUACAGGCUCUGGUGUCCACGUGUCAAGAGGACUGCGGUGGGGCCGGCCUCCAGCUCAUGGAGGUUCUGGUGACGAUAGUGGCCAUCUCAGGUGCCAGUAACCUUGAGGACAAGGCUCAGGAGGUGAUGGAUGCGCUGGCCACAGUGGAAAGCGCCAGCAGCCGCCAGGACCUCUACCGCAAGCACAUGGGCCGCCUCCUGGAGCAGCUGGCCGUGACACACCACGACUGGACCGUGUGCUCCCCGGAGCUCCUGCAGUUCAUCGUCCUCAUCACUCACUCAGGCCCCGUGCUGGGAGAAGUGCUGCCACACGUGGUGCCCAUGCUCAGAGCCUGUCUCCAGCCCGCGCGAGACCCGCAGAUGCGCCUGAAGCUCUUUUCCGUCCUGUCGAAGGUGCUGCUCAGAGCCAAGGACACUGUUGACUCCCAAGGGCAGCUUCCUGGCUACCUCGAGACGGUGACGAAGGACAUCCUGCUCCCCAACCUGCAGUGGCACGCGGGGAGGACGGCAGCAGCCAUUCGCACAGCCACGGUGUCCUGCCUCUGGGCCCUCACCAGCAGCGAGGCCCUGUCGACCGAGCAGCUACAGGAGGUGCAGGAAACCUUGAUGCCUCAAAUUCUGACCACCCUGGAGGAAGAUUCUCAGAUGACGCGACUAAUUUCAUGCCGUAUUAUUAAUAUGUUUUUAAAGACCUCUGGUGGCAUGAUUGAGCCAGAUGAACUCAUCAGGAUUUAUCCCGAACUCCUGAAACGCCUAGAUGACGUUUCCAAUGACGUGCGGAUGGCAGCAGCCUCCACCCUGGUCACCUGGCUGCAGUGUGUGAAGGGUGUGGACGGAAGGUCUUGCUACCAGAGCAGCGUGCAGUGCCUGUACCGGGAGCUCCUUGUGCACCUCGACGACCCGGAGCGCACCGUGCAGGACGCCGUGCUAGAGGUCCUCAAAGAGGGCAGCACCCUGUUUCCAGACCUCCUGGUGAGGGAGACUGAGGCGGUCAUCCACAGGCACCGCUCGCCCGCCCACUGCGAGCAGCUGCUGCAGCACCUGCAGGCUGUGCCGGCCACGCCGUGACCAGAGGAGCCACGUGGGACCACACCCUCCACCUCGCCGCCGCAGAAUGCGGCCUUGGGCCUCACUGACGGAGCGCCUCUCUGUCCACCGCGAGAAGGGUGGACUCCCAGGAAACCUGCCUGCUGUCGCCUGCGUAGCAGUGUCUGAGAGGACCCGGCCUCCCGUGUCUGAAUCCUGCCGCUGAUGGAGCAUCUCCUGGACGUCUAUGGCUAGCUGGAAUGGAAGCCAGGUCUGCCAGGUCAGCUUCUUCCUAUCUGGAAAGCCUCAUGCACUGCUGGAUUGGGGUUAUUGGUUCUUUCCUGCCCAAAUGCCCACCAGGAAAGCUCUUAACUAUGUCACACACACACACACACACACACACACACACACACACACACAAAAGCCAAAGGGAUUAAAAAGAAAUUUCAUCUUUCUUGGGGUUCUGUCUCCUGAAAGGCAGUCUCUCAGUGAACACACUGAAAGGCAUUUGACAUCUUAACAAUGAAUUUCUCCCAUCUUGUAUUUGCUGGAAGUUUAGCAGUUAUGUAUUUGGUCACAGUGUUUGUUCUUAGGUCAGUAACGCUAACAGUGUUGACAGUCGAAUAUCUAAUCAGAUCUAGUUUUGGUUGCUCUCUGAUGUGUAGCAGUAAAGAAAAAUUACAUUUCAUUCUCUAGUACUUUUCUGCACCCAAGUGCCUAAAGGAUUUAUUUUAUAAGUGGAUAUUGUUAUCGUAAGCCAUAAUUUAUGUCAACACAGGGGGAGAUGCUGUGUAUAUUUUCCAGUGAUUGAACAUUCAGAGUCAAUGCUUUUAUGUUUGGAAAUGUAAUUAAAAAUAUUUAUGAUAAUUA